AUGUACGCGAGCUGUGUUGAUGAUUCUUCGGUGCGGGAGGAGGUGGUAAGCAAGGCAGUUGACGCAGAAGCACUGUCGAAUGGAGCAGCAACUGUCCUACGAUUGCUCGCUUUCGAUUCUUCUUUGGCGGCUUCCCAGCAUGACCUGACGUGUUAUCAACCACAUGUGAUGAUGGAGGGAAUGCGAAGCUCCUCGUCCUGCGCCUACACCUUCUCUCCUAGCUUGCGACGGCCUUCGGGGAAAAAGUUCUCCAGGCCGUUUCACUUCGAAGCCCUUCUGCCUAAGAUCAGCUAUCCUAAUGCUUUGGAGGCCGAGGACACUCCGAUGGACGCACUGAUGGCCGAAGCGCAUCCAAAUGUCGACGACGAUCAAGCAAUAGGCGAUAUCGAGAUGUCGCCGAUCAACCAAGACAACCCCAGCAGCGACCGGGAAUAUCUGAGCAGUAGGAUGAAGCAUUUCAUUGCGUAUAGGCGAAACUACGACGACGUAGAGCUCACAGCAUUUGAUCAGCAUUGCAUGGAUUCAAUCGAAGAUGAGUCGGCAGUGCCACAGUUACACGCGCCUCUCAAAUCCUCGUCUUUUGCCGGACUGCUACCAGAAUUUGAACAUGACAUGCAUUCAAUCGAAGAAGCACUCAAUGCGGUCGAUUACGAAGGUCGGCCUGCCAAGAUCACUGGGCUGGACUACGCAGGUAUCCGCCGAAAGUGCUUCCUGAAAACUGAACAUGGGCAUGAUACAGGAGCUCGUCUAAGCACACCUUCGCAGCAAGGGCUCCGUAAUCAUGAAGAAAGACAGAAUGGACCAGACGUCGCCAACUAUCUAUGUAGAGUGCCGCGUCGUCUAUGGUCCUCUGGACGACGAUGCUUCGGUAUCAAAUCGGCCAAGAAGAUGGUUGAUGAAGCGUUCAGAGCCGCAAAAUCACCGACAUUGCAAGAUCGUGAGACGAUCCGACGAGCACCGUCGGUCCAGCCCUGCAACUAUUAUACAUCCUGUCGAGGCUCGAUGAGUAACAGCAUCUCAGCAACCAGUCAAGCCUUUGGCAUGCUCGCCUACGAAUUCGGUCUCAUCACCGUGCUGCUCGACAUGCUCGCUGUUGCAUCACACUCAAUGCUCAAGAUCGGCUCUAGGCAGUGGAAUCAUCUCAGCCAUCCAGCCCGGGUAUCGACUCUCGGUGUAUUGGAGGUGGUGCACAUAUCGAGAAGAGAGGACGUUUGGUGUCUGCUACACGAUGGAAGUCAAGCUUGCUCUGGUCCAGUCACUGCAAUAUGCGGGCCUUCCCUAGCGGACGUUCUAAUAGAGCUUCAAGAGCACAAAUCGGCCAUGGCCGAGUGUUUCAUCUGCCGUGCGAGGCUGGUCAGCGUGCCGGACACCCUGUAUUUGGCAGUCAUAGAGCCCGUCGCUCAUCAUAGAGCAAGCUCUAGCAUUGAUACAUACUAUGCCAACAUCGCAUCGAAAAAUGACUCGCGCUAA